AUGUUGAAUAAAGUGCACCACAUCACCUUCGUCGUCGAAAGCAUUGACGACAUGGCCGGCUACAUCGAACGGAACUUCUCCCUUGCUCCCAUGUCCCGCGACGAGUUCGAAGACCGCGGCUUCAAGUCCAUCCUCUACCGAAUCGGCGAGACCUACGUGGACUUCUUCGAGCCCCUGCGAGAAGACACGCCCAUGGCCCGCCAGCUUCAGGCCACCGGGCCCGGAGUCAUGCACGUGGCCUGGGGAGUCGACGGGAUCGACGACGUAUUCGCCGACCUCAAGGCCAAGGGCAACGAAAUGCGCGGCGACGCACCAUCGGCAAGCCCCUUCGGCUACCGCAACCUGAACAUCGACACCGCCAGCUCGCACGGCAUCCUCUUCCAGUUGGCCGAGGGCGAAGUGUCGCACUAG